AUGGCCUUCACAAUCCAUCACAAUUUACAAAUUAUUUUUCUCUCAACAAUAAUUCUCCGUUUUCCGGCCACGAUUAGCCCGCAGAGCGAGUGCCCGUACCCGUGUUAUCCACCUCCGACCUUCCCCGGAGAAAGCCCUCCGGCCGCCACAUCUCCGCCUGCCACCACCAUUCCUUCAGCCACCACCACCCCGCCGGAUUCUUUCUCCGGCAGCCCUCCCACCAGAUUAUUCCCAUAUACGCCUCCGUCGCCUUACUUUUACGGUGUCACGCCGCCACCGCCGGAGCCUAUAGUGAAUUGGUUUCCUUAUUACUACAGAAAACCGCCCCGCCAAGAGUCUUCAUCAUCAUUUGAGCUAAGAGAAUCAAGAGCUGUUAUUUUACCUCUUUUAGUAGUUAUUUUCUUGUUUCUAUUUCUUUGA